AUGUCGGUCGUUUCGCUGCUCGGCGUCAAGGUCUUGAACAACCCCGCCAAGUUGACCGACAAGUACGAAUUUGAGAUUACUUUUGAAUGUCUCGAGCAACUGGAAAAGGAUCUCGAAUGGAAGCUCACCUAUGUCGGUUCCGCCACCUCUGAUCAGUAUGACCAAGAACUCGACUCCCUCCUCGUCGGUCCCAUCCCCGUCGGCGUCAACAAAUUCGUCUUCGAGGCUGACGCCCCCAACACGACGCGCAUCCCCGAGACCGACAUUCUAGGCGUCACCGUCAUCCUCCUCACCUGCGCCUACGACGGUCGUGAAUUCGUCCGCGUCGGCUACUACGUCAACAACGAGUACGACUCUGACGAGCUCAACGCCGAGCCUCCUGCCAAGCCCCUCAUCGAUCGUGUCAAGCGCAAUGUCCUGGCCGAGAAACCUCGCGUCACUCGUUUUGCCAUUAAAUGGGACUCCGACGCCUCCGCCCCAGCCGAGUACCCUCCCGAGCAGCCGGAAGCCGACCUCGUCGCCGACGGUGAAGAGUACGGAGCCGACGAGGCAGACGACGACGUCGAGGACGACGCCGCCGUCGAGGGUGAGGCCGCCGCCUCCUCAUCCAAGAAGCAGGGCGAGGACGCCGAGAUGGGUGGCGUCGAGGGCACCGACGCCGACGUCAAGGCCGGACACAACCACGACGACGACGACGACGAAGACGACGACGACGCCGGCAGUGUCGAUCUCGAGGACGAGAGUGAGGACGACCUGCUCGACGAGGAAGACGUCGAGGGCGCCGACGGAGCUGAGACCGUCGACGACGCCAUGGACGUCGAUGCUGACAAGCCUGAUGCCAAGCCCAUCAGCGUGACCUCUUAG